UCUUGGGCCGCGAGCCCGGUUAGCCGCGCAGACGCGCUCGCGCUGGGGCGGGACUGGUCGUUGCUCCUUCCCUUUCGCAGCCUGGCCGGACAGGACCCUAGGAGUGGGUGGUGCUCGGUACCCGUUUUGGCCGACGUUGCCGCUCAGUCCGGCUAGCCAGCUGCUGUCGCCUGCUGGGCGCCGCGGCUCCUGUUAAAGGGACCGGGAGCUCCCGGAUCCCCUGCCACCGGUGCACCCAGCGGUCGGCUCGGCGCCCCGAGCUGACUCCGUGCUCCGAGAGGAGAAUGUCGCGGCGCUGCAUCCGGGAUGCACCCGACUGGGGAGUAUUCGAAAUCUGUGAAGCAGCAUGGUGAUAUUUACAAUGACAUCCUCUCCUGAGCUUUUUGAAUACAUCAAGAAAAGACAGGAAGACUUCUGACUUGUCGCUCAGUUUCAGCAUUCGCUGGUGACUGUUCUGUGGGACAGGGACUUUCUUGAGUCAAUGGCGAGUCCAGGGAAAGAUAACUACAGAAUGAAAAGUUAUAAGAAUAAAGCCCUAAAUCCUCAAGAGAUGCGUAGAAGGAGAGAAGAAGAAGGAAUACAGCUUCGAAAACAAAAAAGGGAAGAACAGUUGUUCAAACGAAGAAAUGUCUCUUUGCCCAGAAAUGAUGAUUCUAUGUUAGAAAGUCCUAUCCAGGAUCCAGAUAUUAGUUCCUCCGUACCCAUUCCAGAGGAAGACGUUAUUACCAAAGAUAUGGUUCAGAUGAUUUUUUCUAAUAAUGCCGAACAACAAUUAAUGGCAACACAGAAAUUUAGAAAGCUCCUUUCUAAAGAACCUAAUCCACCAAUAGAUCAAGUUAUACAGAAACCAGGAGUUGUACAGAGAUUUGUGAAAUUUCUUGAAAGAAAUGAGAAUUGUACUUUACAAUUUGAAGCUGCGUGGGCAUUAACUAACAUCGCAUCUGGAACUUUUCUGCAUACCAAGGCGGUGAUCGAAACUGGAGCAGUUCCACUUUUUAUCAAACUCCUUGAUUCAAAACAUGAAGAUGUUCAAGAGCAGGCUGUUUGGGCACUUGGUAAUAUUGCUGGGGACAAUGCAGAAUGCAGAGAUUUUGUUUUGAAUUGUGAAAUACUUCCACCUCUUUUAGAAUUGUUAACAAAUUCAAACAGACUUACAACAACCAGAAAUGCUGUAUGGGCCCUUUCAAAUUUAUGUAGAGGCAAAAACCCUCCUCCCGACUUUAGUAAGGUUUCACCUUGCUUAACUGUCCUGUCACGAUUGUUGUUUAGCAGUGACUCAGAUGUGUUGGCAGAUGUGUGCUGGGCCCUUUCAUAUCUCUCUGAUGGACCCAAUGAUAAAAUCCAAGCUGUCAUUGAUUCUGGAGUCUGUCGGAGAUUGGUGGAACUAUUGAUGUACAGUGAUUAUAAAGUUGUAUCACCUGCAUUAAGAGCAGUUGGUAACAUUGUCACUGGUGAUGAUAUUCAAACACAGGUGAUUUUGAAUUGUUCUGCAUUACCCUGUCUCCUGCACUUACUGAGUAGCCCAAAGGAGUCAAUUAGAAAAGAAGCUUGCUGGACUGUCUCUAACAUAACUGCUGGAAACAGAGCUCAGAUUCAGGCUAUUAUAGAUGCUAGUAUUUUUCCUGUUUUGAUUGAGAUUCUUCAGAAGGCAGAGUUUCGCACCAGAAAGGAAGCAGCUUGGGCAGUAACUAAUGCGACCUCAGGAGGGACUCCAGAUCAAACAAGGUAUUUGGUAGCCUUAGGCUGCAUUAAACCACUGUGCGAUCUUUUGACUGUUAUGGACUCCAAAAUAGUCCAGGUGGCGUUAAAUGGACUUGAAAAUAUAUUACGUCUUGGAGAACAAGAAUCUAAGCAGAAUGGAGUUGGCAUUAAUUCAUACUGUGCUCUCAUUGAGGAAGCAUAUGGUCUGGAUAAAAUUGAGUUUCUGCAAAGCCAUGAAAAUCAGGAAAUUUACCAAAAGGCUUUUGAUCUGAUUGAACAUUAUUUUGGUGUAGAAGAAGAUGACCCCAGCAUUGUACCUCAGGUGGAUGAACACCAACAACAAUUUGUAUUUCAACAGCAGGAAGCACCAAUGGAAGGCUUUCAGCUUUAAUUAGUGGGGAACAAAUUAAUGGCUAAAAGAGUUGUUUCAGAUUAUCUCCUCUUUGUCGCCAGUGACAGCUGGAAUGUUUGACUUCUUUUAGCAUAGGACAGAAAAAAAUUUGAUGCACUUUUUAGAAGCAAAAUGAAACAGAAGUUUCCAUUCAGAUGCAACUUUUUGUUUUAAGGUUUUUUUGUUGUUGCUUUAGUGUGAUUGUAUUUAUGUCUUUUUUGUUGGGAUUAUCUAUUUGUGAAUAAAUACAUUAUGCAGUUAUUUAACUGAAGCUUGCAAAGGAGAACUGAUGAAGUGUUAGAUAAUGGUUCUGAAAUCUUUUUCAUGUAUUUUUGGAAAGUGCACAAUAGCAGUACAGCUAUUGAUAACUGCAUUUUCACUGUAAGUCUGACACCCAUUCUCUACUGAAUCUACCUCUAUUUUGAAGCAAAAAUAAAAAUAAGCUUCAGAAGCAUGAAAUCAUUAAAAGCUAAAUUAAAAUGUGAAAAUAUUUAUUACCUUAAAUUAUAAAUCACUGUGCUGUAGGUUAUACUUUGUAAAGAAAAAGUUGCAACAGAAAACCUGUAAAAUUUAUUUAUAAAACUUAGAAGAAUCACUGUAUUGAUAUUCAGUUAAAAUGUGGCAGUUCAAGAAAGAAGUUGUUCUUCAUGUUGAACAUACUAAAGUGAUUAAAAAAUACAUCUUUGUGUUUUAAAGUAUAAAUGCUAUUAUAUUAGUAUAUUUUGUAUUUCAACCAAAUGUACCAUUUUUGAAAUGGUUUUAUUAUUUUUUCACUCUUCAUUUUAAAGAGCAUUGGGGCAGAGAUGCUAUCAUGAAUCUAGAAUUGUGCUGCAUACCUAAAAUAAUACUGUAAUUCUUUUUCAGAGCAGAAAUUAGUUUUAUUCUCUGUAAUAAUGAAUUUAAGUAGUUGAAUGAUAAAAGUAUUUCUGAAGAAGUCACCUUGUUAUAUAUUAAACUAUUGAAUGCAUUUAAGGUUUGAAUAGUGACUAUAUUAAUGAAAAUUGUUAAGGGUUCUUUAAUAUGGUUGAAAUCUUAGGAAUUUUUUCUUUUGGUAAUACUCAGAGGGGUCAUACUGGUGCUUAUUAUGCACCAGGUUACAUUUUUAUCAGAUUGGACAAUAUAAUGUGUGUGUUUUAUGAAUUAACAGCAGAAUCCUUUUCAGAUUAUGAAAGUUUAAUUAAAAGGGUUUCAAUAGAAAAUUUAUAUAUAUUUAUUUACACAUAUAUGUGUUUGUCUAUGCUUCUCACACAGUACUGUGCUUGAUAGAAUUUUCUAAGGAGAUGCGGUACUGUUGAACUCAGAUAUUUAAUUUAUAGUUAUAUACAGGCUAUUUACAUUUCCAGUUAAAUACAUAGAAUGUUUAUUUAACUUCUUAUUUGCAGCUGUUAAGACGAGAGCUAAAACAAUUUUGAUAAGAUUCAUAGUCUCUUCUGUAAAGAAAGAUUUCAUUUAUGAUAGCAUUUAUAAUAAUUUCUGCUGGAAAUCAAAGGCAUGUUACAAGAAGAAAAAUAUAGGAUACUUUAAAUAGUAUGACUUUAUAAAUUAUAUAUCAUGAGACUAGGCUUUUGGCAAGACACUUAAAACCUACAGCUGUACAAUGCCAGGGUUACAUGGUGUCUGUAAUGCUGACCACAGUGGCCAACCCUUUAUUAGUCUGUUAUUUAGGGGACUGGGUGUGCUCUUCUUAUUGUAGUGGAAGUUAUAUAGUUGAAUAUAAAAAGUUUUUUGGUAUUAUAUUACUAAAAAAACAGGGUAGUUCUGUUAAAGAUUACCAAGUUGAUCAUGAAUUCAUCAGAUAAACACUGUUUUGUGCUUCAGAUGGUUCUCAGAAUCAGGUAACAGGGUAUUCCACUUUUUCAUAGCAACUGACCAGGAUAAUGCACCAUAAUUGAUAUACUAACCAGCUGUGCCUGCUUUCGAGGACCCCAUAGUCACUAUAAUCUUUAAGCCAAAUCAUUAAAAAUACAGAGAGGAGAGAGAGAUUUUAAAAUAUUUGCCAGUAAAACAAAUGUUAUAUCUCGUAAGUAUAGAAUAUGACCACACCUUUAAACAUUUCAGUGCAAACUUUAAUUUCUUGGAUCUGUUACUUGAAGAAUUAAUUUGAUUAGAUUUGAAUGCAAAGAGGACUGGACCAGCUUAGGCCUAGUGAUAAGUUUAUUGGAUCAAGACUAAGAAAUACUUUACUUUUUUAUAUAUUCAAAAUAUGACUACUCUUUUCAAGUAUACCACUUAAAAUGCUCCAUAUGUGUUUUCAUUAAUCUUCAUUGGCCCUUGUAAAAAAAGUUUUUAACUUUUUAAAGAUUUAUAGUAUUUACAUCCAUGAGAAACUGUGCCAAAUGAAGUAAAAAUGUGUCAUAAAGAUGAUUUCAAUUGCAACAUUCAUGUAAAUACUAAGGAAAAAGAAAAGGUCCAUUUCUAAAUUUAGUAUGUUUUGUCUGAAUUUGAAUUAGUUAAUCUGCACAAUCAUGUUUGUUUUAUAUUUAUAAGUACUUGACUCACUGGCCCUUUUUGUUUUAAACUGUAAGUUUCAUUUUAAAAGGUUAUUCUCACUAAUUUUUAGUGUCAUUUGUUCACUUACUGGUAACACCAGAACAAAGAAAUUAAAAAGUAAUAAAAUCUGCUGGCACAGAAAUAAUAUAUCCUUUGGUAACAUAAAACCAUUUGCAGUUAAAAAUUGAUUUAUUGGGUAAAGAACUAAACGCACUUAUUACCUCUACCUUUGUUUCUUCUCUUACAAAGGAGCACUGUGAAAAAAGUAAAUAUAAAAAAAAUUGUAGUGGAGUUUUGUUGGUAUUCUAAGUUCAGCAAUCUACUGGUUACUUAAUUGUGAAACUGUGAAACCAAAUUGUUAACCUAUAUUAUUUUAGUUCAUAGCAUUACUAUUUUAUGAAAUGUGACACGUUAGGAACCAAUAUAAGACUCUGGAAGGGUAAUAUGCCUUUAAAUCCUGACUGAGGGGAGGAUAUUCUUAGCUAACUAAACCAACACUUGAGCAGUAUGCAGUAUUAUGAAAUGUUACAACAAUAUGUUAAAAAUAAUAAAAUGCUAUUUUACAAUUGCA